CAGGACCGGGCAACACGAUACGAUCCAAUGGCUGCCCAAGGUAGGUUCGUUUGGGAGCUGUAGGGUUGUAACUCGGGUCUCGUUUUUGGGCUGGUUCUGCAGCUUUUCGGGGUUGACUGUGGCGCAAUGACGCUGCUUGGCUACGUUCGGGGACGAGGGACUAGGGACGGGGCAGCCAUUUUGGCGCCGCUCUCGAGGAGGCUGAAGGGUCUUGUGCUGCUAAAGUUCUAAGCCUUAAGAGUCGCGAGCUGUCGGAGAAACGAGCGAUUUGACCGCCUCGCUGUCUGGGGAAUAUUAGCACGCUCGUCAACUGCUCCUAUGGUCUUUGAUCUUGUUCCCAACUGGAUCAACAAUGAACACGACUAGCUGUAUUAUCGAGGCCAAUCCGGAUGUAUCUGGGACCGGGAUCCGGGCAUCUAUUUAUGCCCUCUGUCUCGGCGGGACGCUCGUGAGCUACUUCCUCCGAGUAUUCUCUCCAGGCGAGGACGAGGAAGAGUUCUCUCGCGGUGUAUCUUCUGCGCUAGGAAUGCAAGGUCUGGCACUGCUCUGUACAGCAAUUUACCAGACCUUUCGUAACGAGUUGACGCUUUUCCACGCCAUCUGCGUGGUCCACCUGCUGGCUCUACUGGGUUUGAAUCUCAUCAGCAAAGGCCGAUACGCUGGGUUUGGCCCCUGGCGCCUGUGGUUCUUUGUGUUUAUCCAGGUCAUCUCCCUUGGAGCAUUCAUCGCUUUCAAUGUAUAUCUCUGGGUGACGGCGCCCCAUUUCGGCAGUCAGCCGUCUUGCAACCCGGACACGGUCUAUGUUGUAUUCGGAGUCAGCAUCCAUGCUACAUCUCCAGUUUUCCGAUAUAUUAUUCUCGGGACGCUGGGUGCCAGUGCUGCAGGAUUCAUUCUCACCUUCACUUGCAUGCUGCCGUGUAUAUGCGGAGCGUGGAUUUAUCAACGACGGGAUUCGCAGGGAAACGGUGGGUUGGGUCGCAAACGAAAUUGUACCAAGUGGCGCUGCGCAACUUCACUCUCAAUAGGGCCGCAUACAUCGGGCUUUGCAUCUACUUGAUUGUGUCGCUGGAACAGACGAUUCAACGGAAUACCCUCGAUCCCCAAGAAAAGGGAUGGACCUUUGGGCAGGUAAUUGCCAUCUUCCUGUUGCUUGGCGUUGCGAAUGAGCUGCUGAAUGUUGUAUUGGCGAGCUGGGACCGUCGAAUUGGCCAUGAAGCUGGGUCUCAAGAGCUGGCACAAGUCAGGCCUGUAUCGAGCAGCGUCGCCUCAAGGAAUUCGCUUUGUUAGUUCUCGUGAUUAUUGUUCAGAUGUUUGUAGUAAUGAGCUUGUAUAAAUUAAAAUAAGAUUGCCACAACCCCAUGGAAAACUCAAACGCCAAGGCCAAUCAAAAUAUAUACUCCAUAAAUCCUCCUGCCCUCUUUGCGCCCGUAGCUGGUUGAUAUCAAAAAGAAAUAAACAAGUCAAGAUAUGCAGACGGGAGUCUGGGAACGUCAAUCAUAGUACAUUAUGCAUAGGGUUUCUGAACAACUCUUCAAGGCUUUAGUAGGGGAUGAAAUCAAAAUUCAUACGAUCUAAG